GGAGCUGAAAAUGCAGAUUUAGCCUCAAGCACAGACAUACACUCGCUCUUUCUCUCAGAUACACACAGCUCCCCACAUUCGCACCUCUGCCAGCGAGCCUGACUACACGGCUUCCCCGCCAGCCAGAUGCUGGAGGAGAAUACACAUUGAUUUGCUGCUUUCUGAGCCCCCUAAUCAGUCUCUUUCUCUACACAGAGAUUUUUUUUAAAACAAACAAAAAAAACUAUAUAUAUACAUUUUUUCAUUUGCACCUUUCCUCCGAGUCCUCCGCUCCACCAGCCUGCGCGCCUCCUAGCACCACUUUUCACUCCCAAGAAAGAUGAAAGGUGGCUGUGUCUCCCAGUGGAAGGCGGCCGCCGGGCUCCUCUUCUGUGUCAUGGUUUUUGCAUCUGCCGAGAGACCGGUCUUCACGAAUCAUUUUCUUGUGGAGUUGCAUAAAGGAGGAGAGGAAGAAGCUCGCCAAGUUGCAGCAGAACAUGGCUUUGGAGUCCGAAAGCUCCCCUUCACUGAUGGCCUGUACCACUUUUACCACAAUGGCCUUGCAAAGGCCAAGAGAAGACGCAGCCUACAUCACAAGCAGCAGCUGGAGAGAGACCCCAGGGUAAAGAUGGCCUUGCAGCAGGAAGGAUUUGACAGAAAGAAGCGGGGGUAUAGAGACAUCAAUGAGAUUGACAUCAACAUGAAUGAUCCUCUUUUUACAAAGCAGUGGUAUCUGAUCAACACAGGGCAAGCCGAUGGCACUCCUGGCCUUGAUUUGAAUGUGGCAGAAGCUUGGGAGCUGGGAUACACAGGGAAAGGUGUCACCAUUGGAAUUAUGGAUGAUGGGAUUGACUACCUGCACCCGGACCUGGCCUCGAACUAUAACGCGGAAGCGAGCUAUGACUUCAGCGGCAAUGACCCCUACCCCUACCCUCGAUACACAGACGACUGGUUCAACAGCCAUGGGACCCGAUGCGCAGGGGAGGUUUCUGCCGCGGCCAACAACAAUAUCUGUGGGGUCGGAGUGGCAUACAACUCCAAGGUUGCAGGUAUCCGGAUGCUAGACCAGCCAUUCAUGACAGACAUCAUUGAGGCCUCUUCCAUCAGCCACAUGCCUCAGCUGAUCGACAUCUACAGUGCCAGCUGGGGCCCGACAGACAACGGGAAGACAGUGGAUGGACCCCGGGAGCUCACGCUUCAGGCCAUGGCCGAUGGCGUCAACAAGGGUCGAGGCGGCAAAGGCAGCAUCUACGUGUGGGCCUCCGGGGACGGCGGCAGCUACGACGACUGUAACUGUGAUGGCUACGCCUCCAGCAUGUGGACCAUCUCCAUCAACUCGGCCAUCAACGACGGCAGAACCGCCCUGUACGACGAGAGCUGCUCCUCCACCUUGGCCUCCACCUUCAGCAACGGGAGGAAGAGGAACCCUGAGGCCGGCGUGGCAACCACAGAUUUGUAUGGCAACUGCACUCUGAGGCAUUCUGGGACAUCCGCGGCUGCCCCCGAGGCAGCUGGAGUGUUUGCACUGGCUUUAGAGGCUAACCUGGGUCUGACCUGGAGAGACAUACAGCAUCUGACUGUGCUUACCUCCAAACGGAACCAGCUUCACGACGAGGUCCAUCAAUGGCGGAGGAAUGGGGUUGGCCUGGAGUUUAAUCACCUCUUUGGCUACGGGGUCCUUGAUGCAGGCGCCAUGGUGAAAAUGGCUAAAGACUGGAAAACUGUGCCCGAGAGAUUCCACUGUGUAGGAGGCUCCGUGCAGGACCCUGAGAAAAUACCCUCCACUGGCAAGUUGGUGCUGACCCUCACGACCGACGCAUGUGAGGGGAAAGAGAACUUCGUCCGCUACCUUGAGCACGUCCAAGCUGUCAUCACGGUCAAUGCAAGCAGGAGAGGAGACCUGAACAUCAACAUGACCUCCCCAAUGGGCACCAAGUCCAUCUUGCUGAGCCGGCGUCCGCGGGAUGACGACUCCAAGGUGGGCUUUGACAAGUGGCCUUUCAUGACCACCCACACGUGGGGGGAAGACGCCCGAGGAACCUGGACCCUGGAGCUGGGGUUUGUCGGGAGCACCCCCCAGAAGGGGGUGCUGAAGGAGUGGACACUGAUGCUGCAUGGCACGCAGAGCGCCCCUUACAUUGACCAGGUUGUGAGGGAUUACCAGUCCAAGCUGGCCAUGUCCAAGAAGGAGGAGCUGGAGGAGGAGCUGGAUGAAGCCGUGGAGAGAAGUCUGAAGAGCAUCCUGCGCGAGAACUAGCACCGCGCCCGGGCCGCCACCGCCUCCCCCCCUCCCCCAUCUCUGCCUUCUCUGUCCUCCUUCCACACUCUGUCAGGAGCCUCGAAGUUACUGUCACCCUCACACAAGCGAUCCCAGCCUCCCGAUCUGAAGCUUCGCUCACUGUCAGUGAUUCUUUUCGUUACAAUGGCAGCAAUCUUUUUCAUUCCCGGCCCCAAAUACAGUGUUCCCACCAACACCUAUGUCCUAUUUGUGACUCUAAGCUCUUUGUUUGUGUCAUUCAAAUAGGUGGUAGCCAGCAAACAAAACUGGGACAGCUUUCUCCUCCAUUUUUUUCAUAUCUGAGAAGAGACUGCUUUGAAAACGCCACGCACAGUGACUCCAAGAACGCUUAUUCAUGGUCUCAACUGAGGACUUGUUACAUAAAAAGAAAAAGAUUAUAACAGAAGGUGAGCUCUGAAUCGCUAAAGCACAACAGAUGCCGUCGAUCCUUUGGGGGAAAACGUUUCGAGCUUAGCAAGAUUUUUCAGUGACGUAGAUGGUGGUUAUGAUGCGAAAGGCGCCAUCCGUGACAGCCCUGAUUACUGGCUGGGGAAAGAAAGAGUCAAAAAGCAUGAGCAUUGGAAAUCUUAACCACCAACACCAACAGGUGUUGUCCUACUCAGCCAGCGUGAUACAUGUAAAACCUGCGUAGCUUGGCUGUCCUUUUCACCAGCUGCUGCUCUGAGUUAUGGUAAAAUCUGCUAGAGAAGCCCAAAUUACUCAGUUUGUAUAGAAUUCAUCCCAGCCCCAAUUUUCUGGGGUUCCUCACAUAGCUAUCCAAAAGAAAAAAAAAAAGGCAAGGCGGGUCUGGCAACAUGUCUAGUAAAGAAUAGCUUAGUAGCUUAGAACACAGGAACGUUCCUUUUCCCAAAACACUUUGGGGCUUCUUACUCUGAUGUAAGUGAGACAUGGGAUGAGUAUUUUUGGCACACAUAUACUCGGGCAUUGAUUUCCAGAA